UUUCAAUAUUGUUGUCGAUAAUCCCAAUAAACACACACACACACACACCUACUGUGUGUAUACGGUUACUCAAAAUCCACCAUGCCACCGGCGAACGACGGUUCUCCGGCCACCGUUGUCGGCUGUUCAUGCGAAUACGACGGCGAUAGCCACAAAACCUGCUCACAAUGCGAGCGAAAAUCGAAGAAAAGCGGUCUGACGUCAUCUUCGUCUUCGUACGCGUUACUUAGCUUCGAUUCGUUUCCGGUUGAAGAUUACGAUAAGCGGUGGAGGAUUUUUACUGCUUCUGUUAAAGGAUUUGUUAUCGGAGCUGGAAUUAAAGGCGGUUUGUCUCUGUUCGCGAUACUUGCGCGGUUGCGGAGACGACGAACGUUGUCGUUGGAUAAGAAGGUGAAGAUGGCUUCUGGUGGUCAAGAUUUGAUAUUGGCACUGAAAGAAACAGUCAGAUAUGGUCUAUUUCUUGGCACUUUCGCUGGGACAUUUGUUUCAGUUGAUGAGUUAAUAGCUGCUUUGGGAGGACACCGAAGAACAGCAAGAUGGAGGGCUCUAUUAGCAGGGGCAAUAGCCGGACCAUCGAUGCUCCUCACUGGAUUCAACACACAGCAUACAAGCUUGGCUGUUUAUAUUCUUAUGCGUGCAGCUGUCUUGGCAUCACGUUGUGGGAUAAAAAGCAAGCGUUUUGGACACAUUUGUAAACCUCUCACGUGGGCCCAUGGAGACAUAUUCCUAAUGUGUCUCGCAUCUACUCAAAUAUUGUGUGCGUACAUAUUGAAGCAAGACAGUUUGCCGCAAUCAUACAAAUCAUUUCUCAAUAAACAUGGUGGAAAAGACCCUAUUAUCCUUCAAGGUGUUAAAGAUAUUGCGUGUGGCAUGCCUUUUACUAAUCUAGAACAAAUACGAAAGUUCUACAAAAACACCGGUGUUGAUGUCAUUCUCGACCCUCAAAUGAAAGUUCCCUGUUCGAUUAUACAUGCAAACCAAUCAUGUAGGUGGCAUGCAAUUUCAUUCUUUUUCCAAGCGUACAAAAGAGCAGUACCGGUUUAUCUUCCUGUUUAUUUAAUCCCCGCGCUUAUAGUACAUCGCCAAGGCCUUGGGAAACGGCCUUUUACAAUAUUGGCUAAAGGUCUUUUUGGUACUGCAAGAUCAAGCCUGUUUCUUUCUACAUACUGUACUUCUGCCUGGAUCUGGACAUGCUUCCUCUUCAGGAUUUUCAAAAGAUGUAAUGUCACCAUGCUAGCACUUGGCACGUUCCCAACGGGUCUGAGUUUAGCAAUAGAGAAAAAGAGCAGGAGAAUCGAAAUAUCACUCUACUGCCUUGCACGAGCCAUUGAAAGCUUCUUCACAACAAUGUCGGACAUAGGAUACCUACCACAACUGGAAAACUUUAAACGAGUCGAUGUUUUAAUAUUCAGCCUUUCAACGGCAGUCAUAAUGCAUUGUUACGCAAUUGAAAGAGAUGUUUUUCGAUCCAAGUAUUUGAAUGUGCUUGAUUGGGUGUUUGGUGUGCCCCGUUCUCCACACGAUGCGACCCCACGAAAGAAAAGUGAUACGAGCUGACGGGUUUCUCUUUGUUAAAUUAUGUAGACAAACUGCAAGCGGUUAUAGUAUUUAUUAAUUUAAAAGUAUUGUUUUGUA